GAUUUUUCAUAAACUUUAGGUGAAACUGAAAGUGAUCCAGUCCAAUAUACAGCUGAUUCCAUCACAAAGUCCAGUUGCAGACAGCCACCACAAUGGGGAAGAUCUAUCAGAUCUAUGUGAUUGGGAUGGAAGGGAAAAAAAUGACAAUUGAUGUCGGGGAGUCGGAGGAGGCGCUCAAUGAUAUGACUGUGCUGGUGUUCAAGAAGAUACUUCUGCAAAAACUUCCAGGUUCACAAAGUGCCGAGGACUUACGGCUAUUAUUUGGCAGCAAGCAGCUAGAAGAUACCGACAAGUUUUCUGCUCACGAGAUCAAGGACAAAUCUACCGUUCUCAUGGUCCUGCGCUUGCCAGGUGGAGGAGAUGGGAAUAAACCAUGGGAAGAACAUUGAAGAUGAAGGUCCAAUGAAGAGUCUCUGCUCCUUUUAUACAGAUUGGACAUUUAUCACUCGUUUUAAUCAUUGAAACAGCGAGUUUAAUAUGUAAAACACACAGAGAAACACACUGCUAUAUAUAUAUAUAUAUAUAUAUAUAUAUAUAUAUAUAUAUAUAUAUAUAUAUAUAUAUAUAAACACUGUGUCAGUUCUUUUAUUUGAUAUUGUACAACUCAUUAAUAGAAUACAAUAAAAGUUAGUGAUCAUCCUUAAAUGUUGUUAAUUGUUUUCUUUCUACUUUGUAAAUUAAAGUGUAUAAAAUGUAUAACUAGGUUCUCAAGCAUGGUCCAGGGAACACUAGUCAUGUUACCUCCUGGUAUGUACAGUACAUUAAAGCAUGAUAGAGCAAUUACCUGAA